AUGGCUAUCUGGUAUACCCUAGGCGUGGCUUUUUUCGCCGCAAUCGGCACAUUCCUUUUCGGCUUUGAUACCGGAAUUGCGACCACAACAAUCGCUCAUCAGAGUUGGAUUGAUUAUAUGCAACACCCUUCCGCUGGACUUACUGGGGCUGUGGUUGCGGUCUAUAUUGCUGGCGAAGCAGUCGGUGCUCUUACGCAGACAGCCAUCGCCGAUAAAAUUGGCCGCCUGCGAUUCAUGGAGAUGAUGUGUGUCAUUGUCACGAUCGGAACUGUAAUCCAGACUGCUUCGGUCAACAUUGGGAUGUUCCUUGCAGGGCGCGUGUUGGCCGGCUAUGCUGUUGGAGGACUCGUUGCUACAGUGCCGAUUUACCUGAGCGAGAUUUCCGACCCCCGUUAUCGCGGUCUCAUUGGUGGUAUUUCGGGAUGCGGCAUUUCCCUCGGCACUAUGGCUUCCAACUGGGUUGGAUACGCCUGUAGCUUUGCCCCGUAUGGGCCAGUCCAAUGGCGACUUCCAUUGGGAAUUCAGAUUCCGUGGGGGAUCAUUAUGUUCUGCGGGCUGAUCACUUUUAUGCCGAACUCGCCGCGCCACUUGAUUCGAAAUGGAAAGGUCGAGCUAGCGCGCGACGAGUUCAAACGAAUCCGGAGGGACUUGCGUCCGGAUGAAAUGCAUCGUGAGUUUGAAAUCAUGGCUGCGCAGAUCGAAUACGAGAUGGAACGGGAGAUCACAUCGUACAAGGAAAUAUUCAGGCUCUUUAGACAUCGUGUGCUAGUAUCGAUCGCCGUCCAGACUAUGACAAGUCUUACUGGUGUGAAUGUCAUUCAGGUGCGUUCAUUGCCAGCAAUUCUAUACAAAUCCCUAGGCAUAGACUCCCACACCAUCCUCGCUCUAGCCGCAGUCUACGGUACCAUUGCCUUCCUCGUCAACUGCUUGACGACAAAAUACCUCACUGACCAAUGGGGCCGUCGAAAGAUGAUCCUCUCAGGUCUAGCAGGGAUAAUAGUCAUCGAAAUCUACGCCGCAGUCAUGCAACGAGAAUUCCAGAACACAGACAACCAAGUCGGAAAGGGCUUCGCCGUUCUAGGCAUCUACCUUUUCGUCGUAACCUACUACGGAAUGCUAAACAGCACAACGUGGCUCUACGGCGCCGAAGUCCUCCCCAUAUCCCUCCGAAGCAAAGUCAUGGGUCUAGCUGCUGCCUCGCACUUUAUCGUCAAUGUUGCCAUCACUGAGGCUGGCCCAAGUGCGUUUGCUAAUAUCGGGGAGAAUUAUUAUUACGUCUUCGUCGCUUGCACGGCUUUCUUCCUGGUUGUGGCUUAUUUUUACUUUCCGGAGACCAAGCAGAAGACGCUCGAGGAAAUCGCUGCCUCGUUUGGUGAUAAGGUUGUUGCACCUGGGGAGAAUGGUAAAGAUGGGGAUGACGCUGGAAAGCCUACAUCUGAGCAAGUGGAAGUUGCCUGA